AUGAAUCCGAUGCAGAAGCUACUGCAGCUGCCGGCCAGCGCGGUGAACCUGGUGAGGUUCCAGCAGGGAAUGGCAGGUGAAGAGGCCAAGAGCCCGGUGCUGACACCUGACGGAGGGCAGCAGGUCUGGUACAACGCUAUGCAGGCCGACGAGCUCCGUCUGCUCAAGUCGCCAGAGCAGGUGGCUGCCCCAGAGAACAGCACCAGUGGCAGCCAGACACAGCCACUACGACACGAUGACCUGAAGGAGAUGCUGGACAGUAACAAGGACUCACUGAAGCUGGAGGCCAUGAAGAGGAUCGUGGCUAUGAUCGCCAGGGGGAAGAAUGCGUCCGACCUCUUCCCAGCUGUCGUCAAAAACGUGGCUUGCAAGAACAUUGAGGUGAAGAAGCUGGUGUACGUCUACUUGGUCCGCUAUGCGGAAGAACAGCAGGACCUGGCCCUGCUCUCCAUCUCCACCUUCCAGCGUGGACUAAAGGAUCCCAACCAGCUGAUCCGGGCCAGUGCCCUGCGGGUUCUCUCCAGCAUCCGGGUGCCCAUCAUAGUGCCCAUCAUGAUGCUGGCCAUCAAGGAGGCGGCGUCAGACAUGUCUCCAUACGUGCGCAAGACGGCUGCUCAUGCCAUCCCCAAGCUGUACAGCUUGGAUUCAGAUCAGAAGGACCAGCUGAUCGAAGUGAUUGAGAAGCUGCUGGCGGAUAAGACCACACUGGUGGCAGGCAGCGUGGUGAUGGCCUUUGAGGAGGUUUGCCCCGAGCGCAUUGACCUGAUCCACAAGAACUAUCGGAAGCUGUGCAACCUGCUGAUCGACGUGGAGGAGUGGGGCCAGGUGGUGAUCAUCAAUAUGCUGACCCGCUACGCGCGCACCCAGUUCCUCAGCCCCAACCAGAACGAGUCCCUGCUGGAGGAGAACCCGGAGAAGGCCUUCUACGGCUCCGAUGAGGAGGACUCCAAGGAUGACAAGCUGGACGCGGCCUCUCUGGUGAAGCGCAAGCCCUAUGUGAUGGACCCUGACCACCGGCUGCUGCUGCGCAACACGAAGCCCCUGCUGCAGAGCCGCAAUGCCGCGGUGGUGAUGGCCGUAGCUCAGCUGUACUUCCACCUGGCACCCAAGGCCGAGGUUGGGGUCAUUGCCAAGGCGCUGGUGCGUCUUCUGAGGAGCCACAGUGAGGUGCAGUGGGUGGUGCUGCAGAACGUGGCCACAAUGUCCAUUAAGCGGCGGGGGAUGUUCGAGCCAUAUCUGAAGAGCUUCUACAUCAGAUCCACAGACCCCACCCAGAUUAAGAUCCUCAAGCUGGAAGUUCUCACCAACCUCGCUAACGAAACCAACAUCUCCACCAUCCUGCGGGAGUUCCAGACCUACAUCCGGAGCAUGGACAAGGACUUUGUAGCUGCCACCAUCCAGGCCAUCGGGCGCUGCGCCACAAACAUCGGGAAGGUCCGAGACACCUGCCUGAAUGGCCUUGUGCAGCUUCUCUCCAACAGGGAUGAGCUCGUGGUGGCUGAGUCCGUGGUCGUCAUUAAGAAGCUGCUGCAGAUGCAGCCCUCUCAGCACAGCGAGAUCAUCAAGCACAUGGCCAAGCUCACCGACAACAUCCAGGUGCCCAUGGCCCGGGCCAGCAUCCUCUGGCUGAUUGGCGAGUACUGCGAGCACGUGCCCAAGAUCGCACCCGAUGUGCUGCGCAAGAUGGCCAAGUCCUUCACCGGUGAGGAGGACAUCGUCAAGCUGCAGGUCAUCAACCUGGCAGCCAAGCUCUACCUGACCAACUCCAAGCAGAGCAAGCUGCUGACCCAGUACGUGCUGAACCUGGCCAAGUACGACCAGAACUACGACAUCCGGGACCGGGCCCGCUUUAUCCGUCAGCUCAUCGUGCCCACCGAGAAGAGCGGGGCCCUUAACAAGUACGCCAAGAAGCUCUUCCUGGCGCAGAAGCCCGCCCCCAUCUUGGAGUCUUCCUUCAAAGAUCGGGACCAUUUCCAGCUCGGCUCGCUCUCACACCUCCUCAACGCCAAGGCAGUGGGCUACCAGGAGCUCCCCGACUGGCCAGACGAGGCCCCCGACCCAUCUGUGCGCAAUGUGGAGGAAGAAACCGCCUUCCUCAUUGAAAGCCACAUCGGGUUGCUGGGAGAGCUCAGAGAGGUUCCGGAAUGGACCAAGUGCACCAGCCGAGAGAAGAGGAAAGAGAAGGUGGAGAAGCCAUUCUACUCGGAUUCAGAGGGAGAGUCCGGGCCCACGGAAUCAGCAGACAGUGAACCGGAAUCUGUCAGUGAGUCGGAGAGCGAGAGUGGCAGCAGCAGCAGCGAGAGUGGCUCUGACUCGGGAAGCCGGGGCGAGGAGAGUGGAGACCAGUCGGAGGAGGAGGAGAAGAAGAAGAAGAAGAAGAAGAAGGGAAAGGAAGGGCCCCGGAAAGCCUGCCUGGAGAGCGCUGGGAGCGACCCCAGCGAGGAGGAGGAGGAGCAGGGGAAGAAGGGGAAGAAGAAGAAGCCGCAGCAUGAAGGGAAAGGGGGUUCCGAGACCUCAUGGGAGGAGGGCAGCAUCUCAGAGAGCAGCUCGUCCGAGUCAGACUCAGGCUCCGAGGCAGAGGAAUCCCAGUCAGAGCCGGAGAGCAAGAGGAGAACCACGUUCUGUCCUCUCUUGCAGCCUCCCAGCAGCAAACCCGCCCCAAAGGCCUCCAGGAAAGGGACCAAGGAGAUCUCCUUGCUGGACCUGGAUGACUUCACCCCCGCUCCACCCCAGCCAGCCUCCUCCCCCGCUAUUGUCUCCACCAGCCUGGUGACUGACCUGGAGGGACUCACACUGACCGACGCCUCGUUGACUCCUACUAUGCUCAGCCCCGUGUUCAGCACCGUGAAGACCUACGAGCUGCUGCACCGCAUGGCGGGCGAGGGGCUCUCGGUGGAGUACUACUUCAACCGGCAGCCCUUCCCCCCUGACCCCCACAUGGUGGCCGUGCAGAUCCAGUUCUCCAACAAUACAGAGUCGGAGGUGAAGAACCUGCGGGUCAGCGAGCCCAAGCUGGUGUCUGGGAUGCGAAUCCAGGAGUUCCAGGAGAUCGAGUCCUUAGCACCUGGCGACACCGCCAACGUAAUCAUGGGCAUCGACUUCUGCGACUCCACCCAGGCGGCCAACUUCCAGCUGUGCACCCACUCGCGUCAGUUCUACGUCUCCAUCCAGCCGCCGGUGGGAGAGCUCAUGGCCCCAGUGUUCAUGAGUGAGAACGAGUUCAAGAAGGAGCAAGGCAAGCUGACAGGAAUGAGUGAGAUCACGGAGAAGCUGACGCUGCCGGACAAAUGCCAGAGUGACCACACGAUCGUCCAGCGAGUGACGGCGGCCGCCAACGUCAGCCGCGUGCCCUGCGGAGUGGACAAUGAGUACAGGUUCGCUGCCAAGACGGUGACCAGCGGGAGCCUCGUCCUCAUCACCUUGGAGCGGAAGGAAGGAGCCAGGGCCCACCUAACUGUCAACAGUGAGAAGAUGGUGAUUGGCACCAUGCUGGUGCAGGACGUUAGCCAGGCCUUGGCACAGUGA